UGAAGCUAGGAAGCAAGAGAGACAGACGGACAGACAGACAGGCUGAAAAACGCGGUAUCUGGUUUCAUAGUCUGAGAGCGGUUUUGGUUCUGGCUUUUUCCGAAACUACCCUUUUAAAAAUCUCUCCUUUCUCUCCUUCUUUCUGGUUUCGGAUCUCUGGCCGCGUCGCAGCUGCAGCUGCUGCAGGUCUUUUACCGCCAUUGGUUUUUAUAUCUUCAGACGCAUGUAAGAUGGAAACCCAAAGCCCACCUGCUAAAAUCCCUCGUUCUUCAGAUGCAGAGACGGUGACGGUGGCAGCAACGCCAGCGCCUUCAGUUGGGCUUGGGCUUGGGCUUGGGUCUGUGUUUGGGAAUGGGAAGGCUGCUUUUACCUUUCUCCAGUUGCAGGAGCUGGAGCACCAAGCUUUGAUAUUUAAGUAUAUGAUGGCAGGCGUGCCAGUUCCUUUUCAUCUCGUCCUUCCCAUUUGGAAGAGUGUUGUAAGCUCUGCUGGUGGGGUUUAUAGGCACCACCCUAGCUGGCUUGGUUGCAGUAAUCUGUGCUUUGACUAUAGAAACAGCAUGGAACCAGAGCCGGGAAGGUGCAGAAGAACAGAUGGAAAGAAAUGGCGAUGCUCUAAGGAUGUGGUGCCGGAUCAAAAGUACUGUGAGCGCCACAUGCAUAGAGGCCGUCAACGUUCAAGAAAGCCUGUGGAAGGCAAUACCACUGCCAACAACAACACCAACACCACCAAAAACACCGUCGAUUCCAACACCAAUCUCUCCAUUUCAAUCCCAGGCGGUCUCGAACUCAUGACCUCCCCCAGCACCUCCACCAUCGUCGCCCCUCCCAUCACCACCAACGCCCACAACAACAACAACGUCUCUCCAGGGUUAGGCUUCUCUCCCACCAGCGUUCUUCAAACCAACACCAACUCCUGUAAAACGGAACCCUCCUUUUGAUUCGAAGAGCUUCUUUGUUUUUUCAAAGAAAAAAAAGAAAAUUUCCUGUUUUGGGUGUUUGUGUUUUUCGAAAUGUAAGCAAGACAGCGGCUAUAAACUGAUGGGCCCCACCUUUAAAUGAGCGUAUGUAGGCUUAUGAAGGUAGCACAAAAAACCAACCUCUAAUCUUUAUCUCCCUACUUGCUGUAGGUUAUUUAUUUCUUCUCUCU